CUUCAGGUUGAAAAUGACUGACCCAUCUAGUUCCCCGAUUCGACCGGACAUGGUAGAAGCAGCAAGAAAGUUUAUGCUAACUCCAAAAGUUAAAGAGACUCCAUUUGAAGAACAACGACAGUUUUUAUUAGGAAAAGGAGUCAGUGAGGCUGAAAUCUUGGAAGCACGAGCAUCUAUUCCGCCGGAGCAGUUGAGAAGUCAAAUUGGAACAGAGAAUAUGAUUCCAAUAGGAGGUCAUCCGCAAAUGAUGAUUGCUCCAAAACAGAAUGGAAUAGUAUCAUUUGCACAAUCAGCUGUGGUACUUGGAUCGAUUUCAUAUGCUGGAUAUCGAUUCGUCCGAUCAUAUGUUCUGCCCAGAUUCUUCGAUAUUCCUGAUCCAGCAACAGAGGAAAUUCGUCAACUGCAAUCACAAGUCGACGAUCUUCAGAAUUCAAUAAAAUUCAUAAUGGAUUCUGUUUCGCAAACAACACAACAGCUUGCAACACAACAAUCAGAAAUUUCAAGAGCCCUCUACUCAGUUGCUAACAGAGAUGCUGAUUUGAAUCGGGUUGAGAGCGGAAUUUCCACGAUAAAAAGUUUACUUCUCAGUCAACAUAAUUUUGCUCCAAUCGUAACACCUAGUGUUACUUCAUCAAUUCCAUCAUGGCAGCAGAGUGCAACUCCAACUUCUGCAACAUCAAUCACCACAACUACAACUUCUGAAGCAGCUUCCGGAUAUGCAACUCCUCCAGCCAAUUUCAAAGAAUCGUCAUUAGCUGACGAGUUGGCAGAUAUUGAAAAUAUUGAAUAGAAUUUCAGAAAUCUAUGUAAAUAUAUAAUUAAAUUAAUCAUUUUUAAUGCACUCCUCGAAAGCCAUUCCCUUUUUCUGUGAUUUCUCAUCAAUUCACUGUGCCUUUUCAUUUUUCAUGUGCCACAUUCCAAAGAUUGUUAAUUUCAUCUGUGAUAUUACGAAAGAAAAUCAUAUCGACAUCUGAACGUUUCAUUUCACAAAAUGGUUGAGAAACCAGAUAUAAAUUAUCAGAAUAAAAAUGUGUUGCAUGAAAUAAACAUUUGUUAUUUAGGCAUAAUGAACAAAUCGUUG